CGACUUGAAGGUAUUCACAGGUGACAAAACUAAGCUUGUCCACACGGGCAAAUACUCAAGAACCUUCCAUCAAAUUGAUUUGAAUUCACUUGGCCUUUUGCUGACCCGCGAACCAUUUCAAUCGUCAUAAUGGAGAUAAUCACACGUCUGUUUGCCUUCGUACUGAAUGGCCUUGGUAUAAUUGUGAACAAACUGUUGGAUUUACUCCAAUCACGUAAGAAACCCACUUAUCCCGGUAUCAGAAAUCCCCUGCUAACGAAAUCUGUCAUCGAGCUAUCCACGGAAUUGCGUCGAGGUGUGAUAAGUUCUGUGGAUUUGGUUGAAGCUUAUAUAGCACGUGUACGUGAGGUUAAUCCAUCGCUAAAUGCUGUCAUCGAGGAACGUUUCGAUGCAGCUCUAAAGGAUGCCAAAUUGGCGGAUGACUUAAUAGCCAGGGCUUCUAGCCAAUACGAUAGAGUGGCUCUCUAUACACGUUAUCCCAUUUUGGGUAUACCUUUUACCGUUAAGGAAUCAUGCUCAGUCAAAGGCUUAUCUUAUACAGUGGGUAGCGUGAUACGUAAGAAUAUGAAGGCACCCAAAGAUGGGGAUGUGGUUGAGCUUCUACGAGCGGCUGGUGGCAUACCCCUAUUGGUAUCGUCUAAUCCUGAAUUUUGCAUGAGCUUCGAGACAAACUCAGUGCUCCAUGGCCGAUGUGUUAAUCCCUAUGAUUUGAAUCGAACAUCAGCUGGCUCAUCGGGCGGUGAGGCCGCUUUAAAUGGCAGUGGAGCAUCUCCGUUUGGUGUGGGUUCUGAUAUCAGUGGCUCGAUACGUUUGCCGUCGAUGUUCUGUGGCGUCUUUGGGCACAAGCCGACGGGUGGUCUUACCUCGGUUAAGGGACACUUUCCCUACUCCAGCAUCGAUGAGAAUUUCAAUUCAUUGCUGCAAAUAGGACCCAUAACAAGAUUUGCUCGAGAUUUGCCCUUGCUGCUGGAGAUUAUGGCUGGUGGGAAUAAAGAGAAACUAAAAAUGGAGGAGCCCCUGGAAUUAAAGGAUAUUAAGAUCUACUAUGCCUACGGUUAUUCGCGGUUCAAUUACAUAACACAUCCCAGUGUAGAUUUUGAUAUAAAAAUGUCUAUUACCAAGGCGGUAAAGUGCUUCGAAAAGGCCGGACUACAGACCAAAGAGUUGGAUCUUCAAUUUCUAAGCAACUCCUUUGAGUUGGCUUUGGUGGGUCUUUUGGAUUUAAAGGGUCUGCCCAGUGUUGUGACCCAGCAAGCACAUCGUCAACCCUCCAUGCGUUUGCUGAUCAUUGAGCAAUUCAAUAGCAUUAUUGGACAUUCCCUGUUCACCAAAGAGUCCAUCUUUUUGGAAUUGAUGCAACGUCUAAAUGCUUUAAUGGCCACGGGAAAUAUGCAGCAAUAUCGCGAAGAGACAAAACAGAUUAAAGAGCACAUGAUUAACCUCUUGGGUGAAAAUGGUGUCCUCUUUAUGCCAACUUUCCAUACGAGUGCUCUAUGUUUUAAUACUUCACUGGUCAAUGUCCCCGGAAUGGAUAGUCUGGUACUGUUUAAUAUACUUGGCCUGCCGGCGACUCAUGUGACCAUGGGUUUGAAUAGUCGUGGCAUGCCCAUUGGUUUCCAGGUGAUAGCUGCUCCAUUUAAGGAUAAAUUGUGCCUUAAGAUUGCCAUGGAACUGGAAGGAGCAUUCAAUGGUUGGGUCCCACCGGUGCCGCAUCAGUUUACACCAACCAAAUAGAGUCGAUUAUAAUGUUUGGGUUAGUUUUUUUAGUUAAGGUUUCUGGUUGGUUAUGAAAAUUCGUUGUUUUUUUUUCCCCCCUUUCCUUUUAGUUGUUUUAAAUAUAUGUACUACUAUACGUUUGUCGAUUGA